CUGAUAACUUAUCCAUUCAGACAGGUCAUACGUUGUCCUCACAAGUAAAUAAUUGGACGCCGAAAGUAAAUCUAUCGAGCAUGGUGGUAAUGAUCGCAAUCAUAACUUGCUAAGUUUAAAGCGAUAGCUUGGAAACUAUUGCUUGAUACUGAGGGUCUCCUAUGUAGGUGUACAUUGGCAGUAUGGCUGUGUUAUUUUCUUUCUUGAACGAAAUGUACAACCACGGUGUCAGAGUGAGAUGAUGACUAGUGGUUGGGGGACAAAAGCCUAUAUUUGUUUAAAGUCAAUUAGACUUGUAGUGCAAGUGACGUUUGUUGUUGAAGGCGGGUACAGGGUACGCAAAAUAAAGAGUUAAAAGUUUUCUGUUGCGCCUCUAAAUGGGGUACUGGAACUUUAAAGGAAACAAGCUGCGGGUUUGCUGGUAGCUCGAUUUGGAGUAACAUAUGGCAUUAAGAGGAGCACAGCUGGAGGUAGCGUUUCCAUUGCGGUGAUGUCAGAGCAGCUGACUCCACAGCUUGCAGUGUAAUUAGCAAACAGAGCACUCCAGUUUACUCCCCUUGCUUUUCUCUUAACCUUGCUCGCUGGACUUGUGCUGGCAUUCGCGAGCCUACUUUUUGUCUAUCGCCAUGUGUGGAUGUGCGUGCCUGCUAAAUGUAUGCUUUCACAUAAUUGUCUAGUAAACACGAACAACAGAAUAACGAUCGCUUUUUGUGUGUGCGGUAGCGUGCUUGCGUGUGUGUCUGCUGUGUUCGGACCGUUUACCAUUUCCAUGGGAAGCGCAAAAAGUAGUGAUAAACUAAUCGGACUGCUGUUACUAGCUGGAGAGAAAGGUUAUGAAGGAAGAAUGGAGUUCCCAGACCAUAGCCGCCAGUUGCUGCAGUGUCUGAGUCAGCAGCGUCACCAAGGUUUCCUCUGCGACUGCACUGUUCUCGUCGGAGAGGCGCGAUUCAAAGCGCACAGGGCUGUGCUGGCCUCUUGCAGCAUGUACUUCCAUCUCUUCUACAGGGACCAGCUAGACAAAAGGGACGUUGUGCAUCUGAACAGUGACAUUGUGACAGCCCCGGCUUUCAGCCUGCUCCUUGAAUUUAUGUAUGAGGGGAAGCUGGAAUUCAGCACCCUGCCAGUGGAGGAUGUCCUGGCCGCUGCCAGCUACCUUCACAUGUACGACAUUGUGAAAGUGUGCAAAGGCAAGCUGAAAGAUAAGGAGCUGUGCUUGCUGGACGAGAAGAUUAGCGAGGGGAUAGCGCUCGGCUGUCUGGACAGGGAGAGCUCCUCAGACAGCGAGCCGCACAGCAAGCAGCCGCCACGGCGCCGGUCGCAGCAGCAACAGAGGCCCCCCCCAGCAGAUGUAUUUGACACAGACAACAGUGAAGGCAGGCUAGCUGUCACGGAUUGUGAUAGGUCCGCACAGAGCAGGCAGAAGGCAAACGGUCACCCUGGCAGGUCCCCGGACCUUGUAGGUGUCAAUUAUGUGUCAGCGGAGGCCGAGUCCUGCAUCCGAACAGCUGGAAAAACAAAAGCUGAUGUCAGUAGUUCCCUGGCAUCUCUGUCCCAGAGGUCCCGGGCUUCGGAUGACACGGACUGCGCUCUGGAUUUGUCUUUCAAGCCUCUGUCUAGCAGAGAUUCCUUACACCCCUCCUACGUCUCGGGACAGCUGGCCCUCGACAGCCAGCAGCAGGGCACCGAGCCACUUGUUAAAGACGAACACGACUUGCUGUCAGAGCAGGAGGACAGUGAGCCGAUGAGCCCGGAGAGCCAGCGCUUUGGGAAUAGCGCCAGGAGCUCGGUGGUGACAGGGUUCGCUGCCCUCUUCCCAGGCAACAACGGCUCCACCGCGGCCCUGCUCUCCCAGGAGGAGGACCUGAUGGAGCAGGAGGGGGAGGGGGGAGGGGACGGAGUGGGAGCCAGAGUGGGCGAGGACGACCGAAGAAGAGGAGGAGGAGUAGGAGGAGGAGGAGGGCUGCUGGGCGACAGCGAGGAGGAAGAGGAGGACGACUUGGCCUCCUCGGACAUCUCCACCUCCAGCGGGGUGCUCCUGCCCCCGGGGCAGCAGGUGUGCGUGUGUCCGCUCUGCAGCAAGGUGUUCCCCAGCCCCCACGUGCUGCAGCUGCACCUCAGCUCGCACUUCCGCGAGAAGGACGGGGCGCGCUCCAAGCUGUCGCCCGACGGCUCGGUGCCCACCUGCUCGCAGUGCGGCAAGACCUUCUCCUGCAUGUACACGCUGAAGCGGCACGAGCGCACACACUCGGGCGAGAAGCCCUACACCUGCGGCCAGUGCGGCAAGAGCUUCCAGUACUCGCACAACCUCAGCCGGCACGCCGUGGUGCACACCCGCGAGAAGCCGCACGCCUGCAAGUGGUGCGAGCGCCGCUUCACCCAGUCCGGGGACCUGUACCGACACAUUCGCAAGUUCCACUGCGGUCUCGUCAAAACCCUCGCCAUCGGAUAAGCCCCGUGGCCAGAGUCGCGACGCGAGCAGAGGAAGCGCGUCUUUUCAGAGCCUCAUCACCACUAUGUACAGCAUGUGUAUAUAAGUGUAGAUAAACAUAUGUGAUUAUCAUAGUAUAUCAGCGGUUACCUAUUCUGAAUGGUAUGCCCGCCUAUACCCAUUUAAGGCUUUUUGUAAUUUGAAUGCAGUUUAUAGCAACUGGUUAAAAUCCUGUGCAAUAGCAGACCAACUGGAGAGAUAUAAUCUGGUAUGAUGCUGUUCAGAGGGUUUUUAUGUUCUCUAAAGACUCGUGUCUUAAAGUCUCGGUGCAAAUCAUCGCAUGAGACUGUAUCAUGUAAUGCUUUCUUCGAAGCUGGGUAGAUGGAUAACUGAAGAGAGAAAAUCCAAUGUGCCCUGGUGUCCCUCGAAAGGCUGUAACUGCACUGCUUGCAAUGAAGAAACAAUUUCCACUGGAAGAAAUUAGUACUUGGGUGUAUAAUGGGUGUAUAAAAGCACAAUAUUUUGCCUGGAUGAGCAAUAUUGGAAUAGCUGACACUGAACGCAAUCCGUCCACGAGUAGCAAUCUUUUAUUCUCUAAAUUCAGCGUUAUUUAUUAUUUUGGAAUCUACUGAAAUUCAGUUGUGUUUGCUGAAUGGGAAGCAGUCUCCAGAGCUGCAAGUAAUCGUUACGUUUGUGUAGCUUAACAAUUAAGAGGUUUGUAAUUUUAAUGUUGAGAUUUUCAUUUAUGUUUUGGAAAUACUAUAACAUGGUGAAUGAAGUGUAAGUAGCGUGGGAUAAAAACUCAAAAAGGAUUGGCUAUUUUCUACUGAGUUUGCCCAAGUCCUGAUAUCUAUUUUUAGUGUGCACCUGAUGCCUCUACAAAGCAGACCAGCGGAAUCAAUUUUUUUGGAUCUUGUUACCUUAAUCUGUAUAUCAGAUCUAGGAAAGCUAACAAAAUGUUUAAUACUUAGUAAUAUUAAAUACUGUCAUGGAGUUUGAUAAACUGGAAAAAGACUGAGCGUGGAAUAGAAGGAAAUACAGCACGGCACAGUUCUCAAGUUAAGCAUCUGGGGGCUUGGGUACGAGUUGUAUUCGUGAGUUUAAUUGAGGGUUGUGAUGUUGAACAUUAUUCUAGGAUGAUUCUCAUUUAAUAGGAAUGCAAAUUCCAAAACCCUAAAGAAGUUUGAGAAAGAAAAGCAGUGCCUGCAUACCUGAUGCCUACUGAGUAAUCUAUAGUACUGAAGUACUAAAGAGUAACCUAUAGUACUAAAUGACUGUGUAAAGAACCUUAACAAAAUGAAGGUAUUGGUUACAAAAAAGUCCUUAGAUGCGACCUUAGUUGCAUUUUGAAGUAAAUGUCCUUUGCCCCUGAAAGAGUGGACUGGAGGGAGGAUUGAAAAAUGCAUGCUGCUGUGUGUUUUGGGGCUUAAUAGGAGGAAAUGGAGUGUGUGUGUACAGUACAUGGUCAUGUCCACACUUCCUGAAAUUAGGCUUAGAGCGGAAGGAAAAUACAGGCUAAGCCAUGUCUCUCUCUGCUUCUAUGGUACUUAUUCACUGGCCCCUAGAGAACAUGUACAGGGUCUUGUCUGAUACACAUUCACCAUUUCCUCAGAGAAAACGGUCUGCUGUUAUCGAAAGGUCUUCUGCCACUGUAGUCCUUUCAGGAGCAUUUUAAAUAUUUAUUCAUUUGAUGUUGUUUUUUUCUUUUUCUUUUUUAGCCACCUGUGAACAAUAGUCUGGCUUAUGAUCAUUUACAAGGGAAUACAUCCCUGAAGUGGUAAACCACAAUGUCUCCGUAAACUGGUUGUAUCAUCUGUGUCACACUGUGCAGUUGCAAAAAUCUACUGAACGCAUCAGAUGAAGACUGUCAGUGAAACUUCACAAAAUGGCCUAUGGCUGUUUUUAUUUUUCUGAGCCUUUUAUGUCCGUACUGUAAAUGUUUUUUAGUUUUAUCUUUUCUGAAGCUAUACAUGUGGAUUCUUACCAUGGCUGGAAAUAUCACUAAAAAAUACUAAGUUAUUUGUUUUUAUUUUCCUGAUAAAACUUGAUUAGCAUUAUUUAUUAGAUAUUUUUUUGGUUCAGGGUUUACUAGGGUGUGAUGAGUAUUAUUUUUAUCCACAAUGUUGAAGCACAUUGAUUUCUUAUUUCUAACAUUAAAGGAGGUGUUUGGUUGAGCUCUAUUGUGUAAUUGUCACGAGCUCAGCUGUUUUAACCUAAUGGUUGUUUGAAGGACUGUUGAUGCCUCAUUAUGCUGGUACUCUUUUAAAUGGUACUGGGGCAGAUAUCUCAUUUGUCUUUGUAAAUGCCAUUACUGUACUGUGAAUUGGGUCUUUCAGCGUGUUGUCAUGUGAAAAAGAACAACAAUCUUAAAGAAAAAGAUUUGCCACACAGGAAACAAAGAAGCACUUGUUUUGGGCAUGCAGAUAUCCUUUAUCUGAAUUUAGUUUCAACACUCAAUUAUGUAGGCUGCUAUUUCUAACUACUUGUAUAUUUAAAGUAUAUAAUUUCUUUUUAUUUAUAAGAUGAUUGUUUCCCAAUAUUUUUGUUCACAUAUUUGGGGUGAGAAUAUCUAACAGUGGCUGUCUUUUCUCUGCAAGUUAACAAGUGAUUUCUUCCCCAGUGUUUAGGAUUCUCCAAAUUCAGUACGGAGUAGACUCCUGCAGUCUUUGCCUUUCCAAAACAAUAUGGGGGAUACUGCAUUGGCUGCCACCUCAGCAAAGGAAAUGGUCGUAAAACUGCAAAUCUGAAACUGAGGCACACACUGCUCUGGUACAGAAUGUCUAUAGAAAGCACACAGAACUAGUAUUGUACUCCUGUCCCAGGUAUUUCUCAAGGGAUCAUUGUGUGUCCUUUUUCUUUGCUGAGAGUGAACUCCUUGAGCCUUGCACUUUUUUGCAUGAAAAUUAACCCUUUGGAAUGCAAGAAAUGUAUUUAUGAAAUGGAGGGCUGGAUGACUGUAAACAGGUGCAUUGUGUUUUGGGAGCAUCAAAGGAUUCUCUUAUUUCCAGCAUGCAUAAGAUAAGUGCUUCAUUGUGCUCUUUGCAAGAAAAGGACUGCACACUCGCAAAUGUGAAGUUGCACUUUGAACAUGAGAGACUCUGAAUGUUGGACAUCAAAUUUUGGGAGAAAACGAGUUCUUGUACUGUCAGUCUGCAUUUCAGCUAUAUGUACACACACACACACGCACACAUACACACUCAUUUUAAACAUCUGGAAGACGUCAGGGUAAAUUCAGCCAACAUUUCAGUGUGGUGUUUUUUGUAAUAAAAAAAAAACUGGUAUUUAAGAACUUUGAUAUGAAGUUCAAAUAGGAUCGACACAGUUUAAACAUCCACUGAAGGUUUCUAUUAAUUUUGAACACCGUGGGAGCAUGUUCUCUUAGAAGAAGAAAUGGUGCCUUGGAGCAAAUCCUCUGUCUGUCAGGCUGUUCCCUUGUCUGGCAUGGAAGCUGUUCAUCUUUCACAGUGCUCCUUUGAAAUCCCUUGGUAAUUUCUGAAUAUUCACAUGGCAUGAUUUCUGUUGAAUGUCCCUGUUUAUGCAGUGCGCUCAUUGAACAUGAACACACAGGAAAGUACUUCCUGUUCUUGUCUUGCUUUUUCUAAAGGAGGGACAUUUCCUCCAGUGCAGCUAGUGUUUUGGUUGUCAGCCCCCCCCCCCCCCCCCCCCCCCCCGAUUGCCGUUUGCUUUUUGAUGUGUGCAUUUAACAAUACAGGGGCAGGAAACUAAACUAACAUCAUUUUAUGAUGUAUCAAAGCAAUGUAAUUUUAUUUAGAAUUGCAUAUCGUCCAGCAUGUACCUUGUGGACACAAACACAGGUACUUGUAAAUGGCCUUUUUAGUUUGUUCUCCAUGGUCCCUAAAGCCUCCUAAAGAUGAGAUAAAAUACCUAAAUAAAAUACUGGUAAAUAAGGGGCAAAAACAAGGGCCAUAUGAAAACAAGGGCCAUACUUUGCUGGAGAGAAUCAUUAUAUAUAAUGAUAAUGAUAUAUAUAAUUUUUUUUCAUCUUUAAUGGGAAUCUUUCUGAAUGAGAAUAAACUGGAGUCACACAUCCCAUCAAGCAUUUCACUGUAACAGUAACAAGCUGGAAAGAAGAGAAUGUACACCUAUCUUAUAGGUUACAAAGAAAAAGAUGCAAGUUUUAGAUUAAUGGAGCAAAUGUGGGAAAGGACACCACCUCUUGCUGGUGUAGGUGUUUUAUAAAUUCAUACUCAAUCAUUUUAAAGUAAAAAAAAAUAGAAAGGUAUAAUUAAAACUGGAACAUCUACAGUUUAGGUCCCGACUGUGAAAUUGUGUAUAAUGAGAAGUAUUUAUUGUUUUGUCUCUUGUGAAACAUUUUGCUGUAUCUCACAAUUUUGACAUGUAAAAUGAAUAAUACUAAAUGUCAAUGGGGAAAAUUUUUUAAUCAAAUUUGUAGAAGUGCCAUUAGAAUUUAAUAUAAUUUUUUUAUAAGAAAGGUCUAUUUUAUAGUAAACAAAUGCUUCAGUGUUAGUGCUUUAUAGACAAUAGAGGACAAUCGGUAUGCAGAAAUGGCAUUGCUUAGGUCUUUUGGCGCUUAUUUUGAUUUUCAUGUGGGGUUGUUUUUUUUUUGCGCUUUUGGAGUGUGCUUGUGUGUGUGUGCUGUGGAAAUGUGACAAUCUUGAUUUACUAGGCCUAUUUUUGUCCAUUUAGUUUUUGCAUAGAUUAAACAGAACACACUCUGUGA